AUGGUUGCAGAUAUUUUUGCAGACGACUUUAGCUCUAUCAUCUGCACUCUCUUAAUGGCAAUUUUACUCAGUGUUCUGACAUUCACUGCAAGGAAGGUUUAUAAGCAAAAUAAAGAAUGGGAAGAGAAAAAAAGAUGGUGGAAGGAGGGUGUGAUCUAUCACAUAUAUCCGCGAUCAUUUCAAGACUCCAAUGGCGACGGAAAUGGCGAUCUACAGGGGAUAACAAAGCGACUCGACUAUUUUGAAUUUUUAGGAAUUAAGAUCCUUUAUCUAAGCCCGAUUUUUAGGUCUCCUAUGGUGGAUAACGGCUAUGAUAUCUCGGACUUCAAAGACAUUGAUCCCAUGUUUGGAAAUUUACAAGACUUAGAGGAGCUUCUAAAAGAAGCUCAUUUAAGGGGCAUGAAACUAAUACUGGACUUCGUACCAAACCACACAUCAGAUCAACAUCCAUGGUUCAUUGAAAGCCGUUCUAGUAAAGCCGAUCCUAAACGUGAUUGGUAUGUCUGGCUUGACCCCACCCUUGGGGGUGGACCCCCUAAUAACUGGGUCAGUGUCUUUGGAGGGAGUGCAUGGACAUAUGAUGCUAAAACUAAUCAAUACUACUUACAUCAGUUUUGUCCUGAACAACCAGAUCUGAACCUCAGGAAUGCAGAGGUGCGGGAUGCUCUCAAUGAUGUUCUAACAUUUUGGCUUGACCAAAGUGUGGAUGGAUUCAGAGCAGAUGCUGUCGCCCACCUUGUUGAAGAUUCCAGAUUUCAAGAUGAACCCACUAAGGAUGGGUAUGACACAAAGCGUCCUCGGUAUGAUGACUUGGAUCAUGUCUACACCAAAAAUUUUACAGCCAAUCACAAAAUUGUUCAGGGGUGGAGAUCAGUACUUGAUCAAUACAAAGAUUCCUACAGAAUUCUGAUUGGUGAGAUCUUGGAUGAUAAUUUCCAAGAAGUUAUCAAAUACUAUGGUGGGAGAUUUUCGAAUGAGUUUGAUUUCCCCUUCAAUUUUGGUUUGUUGGGACUAAGUCAAACUACUAAUGCAAAAGAAGUUUAUCAUGUGAUCUCUGAUUACUUAGCUGCCCUUCCAAAAGGUAAAUGGCCAAACUGGCUCCUGGGAAAUCAUGAUUUUCCAAGGGUAGGCAGCAAAGUAAGCCAUGAAUAUUCCCGUGCACUAAAUGUUCUUCUUCUUACUCUACCUGGAACUGCUGUUACUUAUUAUGGUGAGGAAAUUGGAAUGAUUGAUGCCAAAGUUCCCUUUAAAAGCCAAAAAGACUUUAGGGACCCCCAAAGAUCACCGAUGCAGUGGUGUGACAAGGAAAAUGCUGGGUUUACAUCUGCAGAUAAAGCAUGGGUGCCAGUGGCAGAGAACUAUAAAACCGCAAAUGUUGAGGUCCAGAAAGCAGAUCCCACCUCGGCACUGUACCUGUACAAGGAACUGGUAAAUCUAAGGAGCACAGUUGAAUGUUUUAAAGGACUCAGUUUUAAAGCUGUUCAUGUAGAUGCUUCAGUUCUUGCCUAUACAAGGUCAGACAGACAUCACACAUUUGUCAUAAUGAUUAACUUCAGUAAGGAGAGAUGGGAGGGAUCACUGAAUGGAAUUUCUGGUUGUGGAGUUGUUGUUAUUGACAGUGAAAUGAAACUGAAAGGAAAAAAUGUUUCCUUUGUUAGAGUUACACUAAACAAAGCACAAGCCCUUGUAAUUAAAAUGCAGUGA